GAGGAACCUCAAAACCCUAAAGGUUCGAAAUGGCGUCUCUUGGUAUGAUCCAUGGAUCUUCACGGAAGCAGGUAACUACAAUGGCGUCGUUCUUCAACAAGCUCAGCCCUCUCGGUUCCUUUCGUUCAUCUCUCUCAGGCCGCCAUACGAACCAAGCCGUGAGGCCCUUCUCUGCUGAGAUCUCUCACCACAGGCACCACCAGGAGACGCACAAGUUUCUGGAGCCAGAGUGCUUCAUCGGAAGCUGGAAGGCUCCGACGGAUCCUGAGGAGGCGCAGAAGAGGCUUGCGCAGCUUCGGAGAGACUAUGCGAAGAAGGUGAAAGCUGUUCGCAAGGAGUAUAUCCAUGAAGUGGAGAUGCUUCGGAUUGAGAAGCAGCGCAAGGAAGAGGCUCGUAUGCAGGCUAUGCGGGUCGCCAAUGAGGAGCGUCGGAGAUUGAAGGUUGAGGCAGCGAAGUUGAGGGCUGAGGAGCGUAAGAUCGCCGAGGAAGAAUUCCGGAAAACACUGAUGAAAGAGAGAGCGGAGAAGCUGGAGAAUUGGAGGAUGAAGGAGAGAGCAAGGGAGGAGAAUAAAAAAGAGAAGCAAGAGCUAUUGCGCAGACAGAGUUCAUUGUGGGUAGAGCAUAACGAACUUGAGAAGAAGAUUUUGGAAGCCAUCGUCGACGUAUCUUCUCUCUAAAUUGCGUUCUCUCCUUUAUUGUUUUAUCCUCUUGUCAGAGAGAGAGAGAGAGAGAGAGAGAGACUCCUUUCUUCUCCAAAUACAGAACCAAAGCUUUUAGCUCUACGCGCUUUAUGGAUCUCAGUCCAAGAUGAAAUAAUUUUUGCGACAAAUCUUGACCAAAUCUUUUGUUACUUCGUGGUAUGCAUUUGAACUAAUGUUGACUGUUUGCA